AUGAUGAAGUUUCUCGUGCUCAUCGCUCUUGCUGUUACUGUCUACAGCGCAUGGGACGGUAACGUUCCUAACAUUCCUGGAAUAAGCGCUGAGAACAUGGCGAAGCUUCGUCAAAUGUUGAAUCCUCCCCCAGCCAACAACGAAGCAUGGAAACAGGUGAUGGAAAGAUGGAGGAGCACUCUCUCGGCUACGGAAAAGGCAGCCGCCGAUACAUAUAGGGAACAAAUGAUAAGACAGAGACAGCAACAAGGGAAAUAA